GGGACCUUGUUUUUUUUACACGUAGACACACCAUCCACACACAGUGACUGAAACGGAGCAAGUGCAAGUGCAAAAUGGCGUCAGAAUGCAACAAAAUAACAUGUCUCCUGCGAAUUGUCGCUAUUCUUUAUGCAAUAUCUUUGGUUUUUUGCUUGACAUGGGCUUCGGACUCCAACGUCAAAGAUAAAAAACGGCUUUUAGUUGUUACCGUAGCAACAAAUGCAACAGAUGGCUUCAAUAGAUACAUGAGGUCAGCAAAGAAAAAUGGAUUAAAUGUAAAGGUCGUUGGAAUGCAUCAGCAGUGGAAGGGCGGAGACAUCCUUCAUCAUCCUGGAGGGGGGCAGAAAGUUAACCUUCUUAAAGAAGCGGUGAAGGAGUAUAAAGAUGACAAAGAUCUUGUGAUCAUGUUCACAGAUAGUUAUGAUGUCAUCCUCACAUCUGAUGAAGAAGAGAUACUUCGAAAAUUCAAAGGAAUGGACAGAAAUUUGGUAUUUUCAGCCGAACCCUAUCUUUGGCCUGACAGAUCUCUUGAGAAAGAAUACCCUCAAGUGGCGAGUGGUUACUACUUUUUGUGCUCGGGGAUGUACAUCGGUAAUGCUCCGUACUUUUGGAAAGCGCUUACGUGGAGGGAUAUCGGAGACUCUGGAGAUGAUCAGCUCUUCUUUACUUAUCUUUUUCUCGAUAAGAACAAACGAAACUCUUGGAAGAUUGCCCUUGAUAACAAAGCGGUGCUCUUUCAGAACAUGAACGGUGCUGCAGGUGAUGUUGUGAUUAAAUUUAAUAACAACAAGAGUAGCAUUUUCAACUCAAAAUACGAGACAUUUCCCUCAAUGAUUCAUGGGAACGGAAGGUCAAAGACUUUGCUGAAUAAUUAUGGCAAUUAUUUAGUGGAUCAAUGGGUACCCAUCAAAGGCUGUGUGUCUUGUGAAGAGGACACAUUCAGCCUGGAAAAUGUCAUGGAGGAUGACCUUCCACAGGUGCUCGUUGCUCUAUUCAUCGAGAUCCCGACACCAUUCAUCGACGACUUCUUUGAAUACUUCGAAGCAUUGGACUACCCCAAGAAGAAAAUUGAUCUUUUCAUUCACAACAAGGAAAGGCAUCAUAUGAAUGCAACAGCCGAGUUCGUCGAGAAGGCGCGGGGCAUGUACAAAUCAGUCAAAUAUUACCCCUCUACCAAAAACCUGUCUGAAGCUCAGGGCAGGAACAAAGGCUUGCAACAUUGUGACGACUUGAAGUGUGAUUAUUACUUCAGCUGUGAUUCAGCGGUGCGACUUACUAAUCCAAAAACUCUACAACUACUCAUUGAGCAGAACAGAUCUGUCAUUGCGCCACUCGUACGGCGAGAAGGCAAACUGUGGAGUAACUUCUGGGGUGACGUGAACCGUGAGGGUUAUUAUGCAAGAUCUGAGGAUUAUAUUGAAAUUGUCAAAGACCAAAAAGUGGGUGUGUGGAACGUAGCUUUCAUCUCCAGUAUUUAUCUGAUUCAUGGGAACAGGCUCCACGCUCCCCACACGCCCUCGUUUGAACGGGAUGACAUCGAUCCAGAUAUGGCAUUCUGCCAAGACUUACGAGAAAAGGGUAUCUUCAUGCACAUCACUAAUAGAGAAACAUUUGGCUACCUGGUUGUGACGGAGUAUUGCGAGACGGAACAUCUACACAAUGAUCUGUGGGAGAUCUGGAGUAACAGAAUGGAUUGGGAGCGCAAGUACAUUCAUCCAGGCUAUUACGAUGCAUUGGAUCCAGACACUGAGGUCAAACAGGCGUGUACUGAUGUUUACACAUUUCCAAUGUUCACAAAUUUGUUCACGGAUCAGCUGAUCGAGGAAAUGGAAUUCUUUGGACAGUGGUCCUCCGGUCAAAAUGAAGAUGAGAGAAUAGCGGGGGGUUAUGAGAACGUUCCGACACGUGACAUCCACAUGAGGCAAAUUGACUUCGAGAAACACUUCCUGUUCUUCCUGAGGGAGUUUAUUAAACCAAUCAGUGAAAAAGUCUACCCCGGCUACGACACCAGGUCCAAUGCCAUCAUGAACUUUGUUGUGCGCUACAGACCGGACGAGCAGCCACUCCUCAGACCUCAUCAUGAUUCCUCUACGUACACAAUCAAUGUUGCCCUUAACACAAGAGGAGUGGAUUACGAGGGAGGAGGCGCACGUUUCAUCCGCUACAACUGCAGCGUCAUCGGCCUGCCAAAGGGACAUCUUCUGUUGCACCCCGGUCGACUCACUCACUACCACGAGGGUCUCCGAACGACCAACGGAACCCGUUACAUUCUCGUGUCCUUCAUCGACCCCUGAGUAGGUCAGUCACCCUUGACCUUUGACACCCUGAAAUUGGACUUAAUGGUGCUAAAUCUGUUUUUUCUACUUCUCUGUAUGAGUCAGGUAUUUUUAUACUCGUAAGUCUCCCCUUCCCCCUUCCUCAAUCUGACUCUUGUUUUGUUCAGAAUUUCAAAAUGUGCCAAGAUUAAAUUAUGGAAAAAGUUUGCUGUAAAUACAAGGGAAUUCCCCAGUUUUGGUUUAAUUGUUCAUGCUAAUGUCAUAAACAUAAAUUUAAUUAUGUUAGGGCUUUUUUCCCUUGGAAUUGUUUCAAUUUUGAACUUUUUUAAAUUUUUAUUAGUGGCAAGAUACUUAAAGGUGUUUGAAGCUAGUUUUUCAGUUGAGUGAUUGUUAAGAUAAUUGAUAAGUUUUGUUGCUUUUAUUUGUUCUUUCCGCUGUGCCUGCCUUACUCCUACGUACUAGUUUGGGAAGCUGUUGGGAUGUCAAUUGUCGGGCUUUUGGGAUGUCAAGAUUGAUUUUCUUAACCCUUUAGAGACCCCAAGAGGCUUGACCUCGGCGUUCGCUAAGGGAUGCUACCAAGAUGCCCACAAGGCAUGGCUGCAGAAGACUGCUACAAAAAUACCUUUGUGGCAUAGUGGCCGCAAACGGCUGCUUGCUUCCAAAAUGCUCUUGUAGCCUUGGGGCCGCAGAGGGUUGACCAAAAUACCAACAAUGGUUACGGAUGGCUUCUACUAAAAUUCUCAUUAGACAUGGCGGCCCCUGAAAGGUGGCUGCUAUCAAAGUUUCUAUAUGGCAUGGCAGCCACAGGCGGCUAUUCCAAAGUGCCUAAAUGGCCAGUAAAACUCCUGAGUUGUAAUACCCAAGACGUUUCACAUCUACAAUAAGGAGGUGCAGACUACUCGCAUGCCAUUCUCGUCCGUUUUUAUUCCUGGAAAUUGCAGUUCUUAUAUUUAUUUGUUGAAAUAUUGUGGUAUGAAGUACACAGCACCUUUGUCUUAAAAUGGCAUCAUCUAACCACCUCACCUGCCAAGUUUAUUGUUGUUGUCUCUCGCUUAGGAAGGAGUUGUUUUUUUUACGCCCAGAAUUCCCAAAGUUCUCAGAAGUUUUGUUUCUUCAAAGUACUAACCUUUUGGGGUUACGCGUCUUUAAGAUAACCAGGUACUUCCCCUUCGAAGUACAUGCAUGUCAUUCUAAUCCUCUUAAAACAUUAAGAAGGGCGGAUUAACAAGAUGUUACCGGCACCUCACAACUGUUCGGAUCUUGGGCUAUUACGGGUUGACGGUUGCAGCAAGUACUCCUUGCAACCUCCUCUAUCGCUCUGCCAGCCCAGGCCGCAAGUCAACUCUGAUUCCAGGAUGGUCUGAUUAAACCAUCCAUCUUGAUGUGUCAGAAUACUCUUCUUACCCGCCCCCCUCGCUUCUCUGUCCCUGUUUGAAGAUGGUAGCCUCAAGUUUCCUGAACUAACUCUGACAGCGUCUGGUCUGAUCGAAGAUAUGUGUUUGUUUUGUUAUUCUACUUUCUUGUGUGUUCCAUUUUUUCUGAUUUGACAUCUUUGGAGAGUGUGGCGAUAAGGCUCUCGCUGCUUAUCUCGUUGAAACCAGAGCUCCCUGCUGAGUCGGUCCGACUUGGCUACUCAUGGCUCUGAUUGUUUGCCCCGUUCGUUGAAAUGUUCUCUGCUCACUGACUGUGACUGUUUGUUUUAGACUGUGAGUUAUGAUGACUCUUCACUUCAGUAUGGUGUAAUUGCUGCCCUUAACUCAUAGUUCUGAACAGCUGGACUGUCUUUAUUCUGGGAUGUGUAAGCUGGGGUCUCUUUCUUGCCGACUUUAACUUUCUGUGAAUGCAUCUGAAGAGUUGACAUUUUUGGUCUGCUAGUUUUCAUCUCAUAGUUAGACACAGCUAUAUUGUACACAGUCUUCAUACAUAACCCGUCUUAAUGCAUAGGUUUCCUUCCUGAAUCUUUAAUUUCAUGGUUUUGGUAAUAAAAAAUGUACACUGUGCACAUAACUGUUUGUAAAGUACAUGUAGGACAGCAAAACCACUGGAGGGUAUUUUGGCUUUGUACAUGUAUCUGCACCUUUACACACAAACUCCUGCAGGUAGAGAUGAUCUCAUAACCAACUGAAAAAUGUGU